CUGUUGAGGGCCGAGAGGGGCCGUGAGGAGCGGGGGGGGCUGUCAGGGGCCGAGAGGGGCCGCGAGUGCUGUGAGGGACCCGCCGUGAGGGAGCCGGGACGCGGCCGCCGCCAUGCACGUCGUGAAGCGGGAUGGGCGCCAGGAGCGGGUCAUGUUCGACAAGAUCACGUCGCGCAUCCAGAAGCUCUGCUACGGCCUCAACGCCGACUUUGUGGACCCUGCUCAGAUCACCAUGAAGGUGAUCCAGGGGCUGUACAGCGGCGUCACCACGGUGGAGCUGGACACGCUGGCGGCCGAGACCGCGGCCACGCUGACCACCAAGCACCCCGACUACGCCAUCCUGGCCGCCCGCAUCGCCGUGUCCAACCUGCACAAGGAGACCAAGAAGGUCUUCAGCGAUGUGAUGGAGGAUCUCUACAACUACAUCAACCCUCACAAUGGGAAGCACUCCCCAAUGAUCUCCAAAGAAACUCUGGACAUAGUUCUGGCCAACAAAGAUCGCCUCAACUCCGCCAUCAUCUAUGACAGAGACUUCUCCUACAACUACUUUGGCUUUAAGACUCUCGAACGCUCCUACUUGCUGAAAAUCAACUCCAAAGUCGCCGAGCGCCCUCAGCACAUGCUGAUGAGGGUGUCCGUGGGCAUCCACAAGGACGACAUCGACGCUGCCAUCGAGACCUACAACCUGCUGUCGGAGCGCUGGUUCACACACGCCUCCCCCACGCUCUUCAACGCGGGCACCAACCGCCCCCAGCUCUCCAGCUGCUUCCUGCUGUGCAUGAAGGACGACAGCAUCGAGGGCAUCUACGACACCCUGAAGCAGUGUGCCCUCAUCUCCAAGUCUGCCGGGGGCAUCGGCCUGGCCGUCAGCUGCAUCCGAGCCACGGGCAGCUACAUAGCUGGGACAAAUGGAAACUCCAACGGGCUCGUUCCGAUGCUGAGGGUCUACAACAACACCGCCCGUUACGUGGAUCAGGGGGGAAACAAGAGACCUGGGGCUUUUGCCAUCUACCUGGAGCCGUGGCACCUGGACAUCUUUGAGUUUCUGGACCUGAAGAAGAACACUGGGAAAGAAGAGCAGAGAGCCAGAGAUCUUUUCUUUGCCCUCUGGAUCCCUGAUCUCUUCAUGAAACGGGUGGAAACCAACCAGGACUGGUCCUUGAUGUGCCCAAAUGAGUGUCCUGGCCUGGAUGAUGUCUGGGGAGAGGAAUUUGAGAAGCUAUAUGAGAGCUACGAGCGGCAGGGCCGCGUGCGCAGGGUGGUGAAGGCCCAGCAGCUCUGGUAUGCCAUCAUCGAGUCCCAGACAGAGACUGGCACACCCUACAUGCUCUACAAGGACUCCUGCAACAGGAAGAGCAACCAGCAGAACCUGGGCACCAUCAAGUGCAGCAACCUGUGCACCGAGAUCGUGGAAUACACCAGCAACGAGGAGGUGGCCGUGUGUAACCUGGCCUCCAUCGCCCUCAACAUGUACGUGACCCCCGAGCACACCUACGACUUCAAGAAGCUGGCAGAGGUCACCAAGGUCAUCGUCCGGAACCUCAACAAGAUCAUCGACAUCAACUACUACCCUGUGCCAGAGGCCGAGCGCUCCAACCGGCGGCACCGGCCCAUUGGCAUCGGCGUGCAGGGCCUGGCCGACGCCUUCAUCCUCAUGAGGUUCCCCUUCGAGAGCCCCGAGGCCCAGCGCCUGAACCAGCACAUCUUCGAGACCAUCUACUACGGGGCCCUGGAGGCCAGCUGUGAGCUGGCCCAGGAGCAGGGCCCCUACGACACCUACCAGGGCUCCCCGGUCAGCAAGGGGAUCCUUCAGUAUGACAUGUGGAACGUCACCCCCUCUGACCUUUGGGACUGGAAGGCUUUGAAGGAGAAGAUUGCCAAGUACGGUGUGAGGAACAGCCUCCUCCUGUCCCCCAUGCCCACUGCCUCCACUGCCCAGAUCCUGGGCAACAACGAGUCCAUCGAGCCCUACACCAGCAACAUCUACACCCGCAGGGUCCUCUCGGGGGAGUUCCAGGUGGUGAAUCCCCACUUGCUGAAGGACCUCACGGAGAGGGGCCUGUGGAACGAGGAGAUGAAAAACCAGAUCAUUGCCCACAACGGCUCCAUCCAGAACAUCCCUGAGAUCCCGGACGACCUGAAGCAGCUCUACAAGACGGUGUGGGAGAUCUCCCAGAAAACCAUCCUGAAGAUGGCUGCGGACAGAGGGGCCUUCAUCGACCAGAGCCAGUCCCUCAACAUCCACAUCGCAGAGCCCAACUACGGGAAGCUGACCAGCAUGCACUUCUACGGCUGGAAACAGGUACUGGGAGGGACUGGGGAGGG